AUGCCCAGCAUCUUGGUUCUCUUCUCCAGAGGGAUCCCACAGACAAGGGCAGCUUUUGGAAUGAAAUGUUUCCCGGAUGAGGCUGGAUGUAAACUUGUCUUCUGUUUACACAGAGUGGCCAGAGGGGUUUCGAUCAGCACAACCUGCCUUCUGAGUGGCUUCCAGGCCCUUAAGUUUUGUUCCAGAAACUCUUGGUGGAUAGACUUCAGAAUUCAAUGUCUAAAGUCCAUUGGCUUCUGUAGUUUUCUUUUCUGGAUCCUACAACUCGUGGUAAAUGUCUGCGUUCCUAUUAGAAUAACUGGCCCAAGAAGUGGCAAAAACAUAAAUGUUAAGACCUAUUAUGGGUACUGUUCCUCACUCACGCCAGACAAAUUCAUGCGCUUAUCACGUGCAGUUGUGCUGGUUUUGGUUGAUGUUGUAUGUUUGGGCUGUGUGAUAUGGACUCGUGGGUACAUGCUCUUUGUCCUGCACAGGCACAAGCAAAAAGUCCAACACAUUCACAGCAAGACUUUCCCCCAGACCUUCCCACGAGGCCAGAGCUACAUGAUCCUGAGGCGGUCACUUUGGCGGUUUGCUGGGACUGAAGGCCGUUGCCGCAGGCUGGGGAUGGAAGUAACAGACGGUGAUGGCACAAUGAAAGGCUUUGUCCAGUGA